AUGGGAAUUAUUAAAGUGAUAUCUAUCUUAUCUUUAUUUGUAAUCAGCGAUAUCUUUAUCACUUUAUUCUCCUUUGCAUUCUACUCCCCAGGUUUUGAAUUCAACUUCGAGUUGGUGAGUAAGUUUGUGUUAUGGCGGAACUACAGUUACUUGACUGACCCAUCGGAAUUUUUACUGUUCGCUGUAAUUCGGAUACUCGUUAUCUGUGUUGGCAUCUUGAUGAACCUUAGUUUCGGAACUAAUUUUGUUCGACAGUUAGCACUGCCCCUUCUCGGUUUUUUUAUACUUACUUGGACAGCAACGUUAAUUAAGUUCCUUGUUUACGCAGAGAACAGUGAUCAAUUAAAAUUCUUUGGUGUGUGGUUAUCAACCAUAUGGAAUAUCAUUGCUACAGCUCUUCUGUUUCCGAUUUGGUAUUUAAUUAUUUGUUCUGAUUUUCUUGCCAAGUAUAAAAUUGUUGAGACUAAUGGUCCGCCAAAGUCUCCCAGUGCUUUGAAAACUGCUCAUUUGUUGAUAGCUAAACGCUACAGUACAUUUGAACAUGCUGUACGACUACUCAUGUAUUGCAAGCAGCAGUGGCAGUGGUUCACUGCUGGCUUUCUAUUCCUGCUUAUUUAUUCACUUGCCAGAGUUUUCAUACCGAACUAUAACGGUGAAGUGAUUUCAACUAUCUAUGAAAGACGUAGUCUUUCUGCUUUAAUGCAUUCUGUACUUUACAUAAGUGUACUGAGUUUGAUAAGUAGUAUUUCCGGCGGAUUAAGAUCCGGUUGCUUUGAUUAUGCUGCUGCUUUAUUAAAUCGUCAGAUUAGAAUAGAUCUUUUCCAGUCAAUCGUUAAACAAGAGAUCGGUUUCUUUGAUGUUACAAAAACAGGUGAAAUUGUAUCUCGUCUUUCGGCGGAUUGUCAGGCGAUGUCACAUAUCGUUUCCACAAACGUCAACCUUUUUCUUCGUAAUGGCGUAAUGCUUGUUGGAGGGUUGGCUUAUAUGUUCACUCUCUCCUGGCGUCUUACGCUAGCUUCAUUCAUAUUUGUGCCAUUGAUCGGUUAUAUAACGAAAAUUUACGGGGCGUACUAUGAUAAACUUUCCGAAAGAACACAGGCUACAAUUGCUCGUGCAAAUCAGGUUGCAGAAGAAGUGUUCAGUACCAUAAAAACAGUCAGGUCUUUCGCUUGUGAGAAACAGGAAGUUGGGCGUUUUCGAAAACAUGUGAACAAAACACUACGUUAUAAUAGAAAGACUAGUCUUGGAUAUAUGGGUUAUAUGUUGAUUAAUGAAUUCUGUGACAAUGUUAUAUUAGUUGGCGUUUUGUUUUACGGUGGCCACCUUGUCCUUUCUGGUAAACUGUUGUCCGCAGAUUUCAUAAAGAUACUUCUUUACCAACUGCAACUUGGAGAAAAUCUUUAUAAUAUCGGAGUUUUUUUCACAGGAAUGAUGGAAGGGAUAGGUGCAUCCAGGAAAGUUUUUGAAUUUAUGUUGCGAAAACCGGAAGAGUAUCAAGACGGCUCAGAAAGUGCCCUUCCGUAUGGCGGGAUCCGCUUCGACUCAGUUACUUUUGCUUAUCCAUCACGACCUAACAACAAUGUGUUAAAAAAUGUGAGUUUCACCAUUAAACCAGGAGAGACUGUUGCUUUAGUUGGUCCUAGUGGUAGCGGGAAGACAUCAAUCAUUUCGCUUAUUGAACAUUUCUAUGAAGCCAACAGCGGAUCUGUUUAUAUCGAUGACAUUUUGGUUCAAAACUUCAAACAUGAGGUUCUUCACCGAAAGCUAGCCUUGGUAGCUCAGGAGCCAGUAUUGUAUGAUGGAUCAGUUGGCGAAAAUAUUCUUUAUGGCUGUCAAGAAGUAACUGAAGAAGACAUGAUGAAGGCUGCUGAGGAUGCGAAUGUUCACAGUUUUAUUCUGGAGUUGGAGAAGGGCUAUGAUACGAAUUGUGGAGAGAGAGGAACUCAAAUGUCGGGAGGGCAGAAGCAGAGGAUAGCGAUAGCGAGAGCUUUAGUCAGACAGCCUGUUAUUUUAAUACUUGACGAAGCAACUUCUGCUUUGGAUGCAGAAAGCGAGCACCUUGUUCAAGAAGCAAUUAACCGUUGCACAGCAAACAGGACUGUUAUCAUUAUUGCUCACAGGCUUAGUACUGUGGAGAAAGCUGAUCGUAUUAUUGUAGUUAAUAAGGGUCGCAUUGUUCAGCAAGGGACUCAUAAUCAACUGUUGCAAGAGGAUGGUCUUUAUAAAACACUCGUUAGCCGUCAACUUUUGGGGCAUGAUGAUGUACAUAAAAAUCAGUCAGGUGCUUUAAUUCGCGCAGAGGAUUCCAACAGUUCUCUUCGACUUCUUGACUCAAAAGAAAAAUAA